CCCCAGGCCCUUGCACGGUCUAAUGGCCGAAGGAUACUUAGUCACUUAGUUCACUAAUGUAUUUCUCCCUCCACAAAAACACUUUUAACGCGUAAUCGGGGAAAUAUUAAUGCAUAGUCUUAAUUCCAUAUAAAUUUAUGUGUCUCUAACUAAUCAAAUUGUAAGUCUUGCCCGAUUUCAAGGAAGCCUAGGUUGUUAAUUUGACCCGCAAAAAGAUGCUUCUUGAAAAAUGGUCGACGCGAAAGAAGAACUUGAUUCGUUUGGACGUAUGUGGUACCAAGUUUUCCUGUGGUGUCUCGCCGGCUCUGUGUUUAUUCACUGCAUAGCGGCGUUUGUGGCUUGUGCUUCGCUGAGAAAGCAUUCCCGAGGAAGAUUUCUCCCUCUCAUUAUUUUGUUUGUUGGCUUCCUUUACCCAGUGUCUGGAGGCGCCAUAACUAGUGCUUGCAUAGCAGCAGUGUACAAGACAGCAAACUUCACAAUGCCUGUCUAUGUUGCAUUCCUUUGGGGUGCAGGACAAUCAUUUAUUAGCUUCCUGUUAUCAUAUUCAAGAAUACUACCGACUCUAUGACGACAGUUGAUGCAGGACUAUCUGAAAAAAGUAUCAUAGAUCUACCACAAUUGGCAAAUGUUGGACCCAAAUGUUGCCAUGACAACUGGCUGAUCUUUGCAAUCAUUGGAGGUGCUCGCUGGAGGUUAUUUGUGAUAUACAUAUUCAUAUUCCAUGCAAGAAAUACCUUCAGCUUCAGGUUAUUUAUUCUGUGAGGAUGGAAGUUGAUUGGAAGUGUUUUUUAUUCCUAUCUGAGAGAGCAACCAUCUUCUGAGAAUUAAGUGGAUUUGGAGAUAAAUAUCGAUACAACUAGACAAUGUGAAUUUUGAAUCAUAUAAAAUCUUAAGGCAUUGUGCCAUUUUAUCUUACUCAAGAAUCUUACGCUACUACUUGCUUAUAAGUGCAAAUAAAGCCUUGAAGAAUAAUGCAGUAAGCUUGGACAAUGUUAAGGUUUCUGGCUUUUAAAAAAAGUUACUGGAACUUUAUAGGAUUGCUGUAAAUAUAUUUUGCAAAAUUUUGUGAUUUUCCUCUGCUUUACUGCUAGUUGGCUCUCAUUUGAGGUUAUUUGGAAAUGUUUUAUUUGCAUCACUAAGGGUGUUUCUUUAUUUAACAUACAAGCCAAUUCAUUGUUUCUUGUGUUUCUUGCUUCACAUGUUUUUUUCCUUGUUCAAAAACAAGCAUCCGCAAAUAACCCCACGUCAGGGCAGACUGUUAUUUGCAUUCUUUAACACUCUUUUCAGUAACUUUCCUUGUGUCAAAUCACACUCAAUACUUUUUCUCUUGCAAAUGCACUGUUCAUUUGUAAGAAAUCGAUUUUAUUAUAGAACUCAACAAUUAUCUCUUUAAUAAUAUGAAUCUAGUUUUGAGGCAUAGUGUGAUGACCAAAAAGGAAACACUAGUCAAGUGAAAGAAUUUAUCAUGUUAGAUGGAGUUUAUUUGUUGUUGAAAGUCAAACUAGUCAAGUAAAAAAAAUUAUCAUGCUUGUUGAUGAAAGUCACUCUAAGAAUGAAACAGAAAGCUAUACUGAAAUUGAAUAAAUCAAAAUUUUACUUGA